ACUUGUGUCACAUGACUACGCCCCAAUUAGGCUACUUUGCUAACAAAAUGGCAGCGUUCUUACAGUGGAGAAAAUUUGUUUUCUUUGAUAAAGAUACUGUGAAGGAUCCUGUGGAUAAUGGGAAAGACUUUGUUCUUCCAAAGGGAAUCUCGGCUUGUGACUCGGGCCGCGGUCACAUCGUUCUGGGUGAUAUGGAUGGCAGGAUCUGGCUGUUGACGCGCUCCCUGCAGCUCGCUGCUUUUCAGGCCUACAAGCUGCGGGUAACACACCUCUAUCAGCUGAAGCAGCACAGUAUUCUAGUGUCAGUGGGGCAGGAUGAACAUGGAAUUAACCCUUUAGUAAAGGUCUGGAACCUCGAUAAGAGAGACAGCGGAAAUCCUCUCUGCACCAGGAUUUUUCCUGCAAUUCCCGGCAACAAACCGACUGAAGUGUCUUGCCUCAGUGUACACGAGAACCUCAACUUUAUGGCCAUUGGCUUCACAGACGGCAGCGUGGUUUUGACCAAAGGCGACAUCACCAGAGAUCGUCACAGUAAAACUCUGACUCUGCAUGAGGGAACCAGCCCAGUCACAGGCCUUGCCUUCCGCCAAGUAGCAAAAGUUACGCAUUUAUUUGUCGCCACUCUGGAGAAAGUCCAUUGCUACACCCUGUCCAUCAAGGAGUAUCCCAAAGUAGAGCUGGAUACACAUGGCUGCGCACUGCAGUGCUCUUCUUUGGCAGAUCCGUCCCAAGAUUCCCAGUUUAUUGUGGCUGGUGAUGAAUGUGUGUACCUGUAUCAGCCGGACGAACGAGGCCCCUGCUUUGCCUUUGAUGGACACAAGCUUCUGGCCCACUGGCACCGUGGAUAUCUGUUCUUACUUAUCAGGGACAUAAAGUCACCCAACAAGUCAGGGUUUGGGAGCAGGGAAAGCUUCCCAUCAGACAAACAGCUUCUGACCAUCUAUGACCUGGACAACAAGUUCAUCGCCUACAGUGCCUCUUUUGAUGACGUGAUUGACGUAGUAGCAGAGUGGGGCUCCUUCUACAUUCUGACCAGAGAGGGAAAAAUGUUUGUUCUCCAAGAGAAAGACACACAGACCAAACUUGAGAUGCUGUUUAAGAAGAACCUGUUUGUGAUGGCCAUAAACCUGGCUAAGAGCCAACACCUGGACAGUGACGGACUGUCAGAGAUCUUCAGACAAUAUGGCGAUCAUCUGUACCUUAAAGGAGAUCAUGAUGGUGCCAUCCAACAGUACAUUCGCACUAUUGGCAAACUGGAGCCAUCGUACGUCAUCAGGAAGUUCCUGGAUGCACAGAGGAUCCACAACCUGACAGCUUAUCUGCAAGCUCUGCACAGGCAGUCAUUGGCCAACGCAGACCACACCACUCUGCUGCUGAACUGUUACACCAAGCUAAAGGACAGCUCCAAGCUGGAAGAGUUCAUUAAGAGCAGUGAAAGUGAAGUCCACUUUGAUGUUGAGAUCGCCAUCAAGGUUCUGCGCCAGGCUGGCUACCACAGCCAUGCUGUCUUCUUGGCUGAGAAACACAUGCACCACGAGUGGUACCUCAAGAUCCAGCUGGAGGACCUCAAAAACUACCAGGAAGGGUUGCGUUACAUCGGACGUCUGUCUUUUGAACAAGCUGAGAGCAACAUGAAGCGGUAUGGAAAGACACUCAUGCACCACGUUCCUGAAGGUACCACGCUGCUCUUGAAGGGUCUGUGCACCAACUACAAACCCAGUGGAGACAUUGCUGAAAAAGACAGCCUGGACAUGAGUCGGCUCAAUAAGGCCAACUCAGAGGAAUUCAUCCCGAUUUUUGCCAAUAAUCCUCGGGAGCUGAAAGCCUUCCUGGAGCACAUGAUCAAGGUUGACCCCAGUUCUCCUCAGGGGGUGUAUGACACACUGCUGGAGCUCCGGCUGCAAGACUGGGCACAUGAACAGGAUCCUGAAAGAAAAAAGGUCCUGCAGGGGGAAGCUGUGCUGCUGCUGAGGAGUGACAACACUGUGUUUGACAAGGCCCUGGUCCUUUGCCAGAUGCACAACUUCAAAGAAGGCGUCCUCUACCUUUAUGAGAAGGGCAAACUCUCGACGGCCACGCUCUCCGUCAUCAAGGAGUACCUCAUCAAUAAGCUGCAGAGAGAGAGCCAGCAGAUAGAGGACGAUGAACGCAAAAUCCGCCAGUACCGCGAGGAAACAGCUCACCUCCGCUCUGAGAUCCAGGAGCUCAAAACGAGUGCCAAGAUAUUCCAGAAGACCAAGUGCAACAUGUGCAACAGCCCGUUGGAGCUGCCGUCUGUUCACUUCCUGUGCAGCCACUCCUUCCACCAACACUGCUUUGAAAGCUACGCUGAGAGCGAGGCCGAGUGCCCAACUUGCACUCCAGAGAACCGCAAGGUCAUGGAUAUGCUGCGUGCCCAGGACCAGAAGCGAGACCUACAUGACCACUUCAACAGACAGUUACGCAGCUCAAACGAUGGUUUCUCCGUUGUCGCCGAUUACUUUGGCAGAGGAGUGUUUAACAAACUGACUCUGGUGACUGACCCACCUGGCAGCAAAACUAUCGGGAGUCUAGACGUCAACCUGCAGAGAGACCUUCUCAUCCACACCAAGAGAAACAGUUAGAAACGUCAGCUCGAGAUUGUAGUCUGAAUUCCUACCUAGCGGGUACUUUAUGUCCUGCUCGACAUCUGUCCAGGCUCUCGGCCACAUGUUUUGUUGCACAGGAUGCCACUUUAUUUUAGCAGCGAAUGCAGCUGCCUGCUUUUAGUGCCUGUGAUGGGCCUUUUUGCAUAUUUGUGUUCCAGUUUCAAUCAUUAAUCACUGGGAACAUCAUAAUUGAAAAUGUGUUUGAAGCUUGUAAUACCGUGUCUUAAACCUUGCUUAAUCACACCUUGAAGCAUUGUACAUGUUCUCAGUCUUGCACCUAACACUCUCAGAAAUAGCGUAACCAUCUGCCAUUAAUGAAAUUAUGCCUGAUGCUCUGACUUGACGAUUAUAAUUGUGAAUAAAGUCAUUAAGUGUA